AUGGAGAAGUACGAGGUGGUGAAAGAGAGCAUAGGUUAUGGAAGAUACGCAAUGGUGAGGCUUAUGCGUCACAGAGAGACCAAAGACCUCGUUGCUGUCAAAUUCAUCCCCCGACACUACAUGAUUGAGGAGAGUGUGGACAGGGAAAUCAUGAACCAUAGAUGUCUUCGUCAUCCCAAUAUUGUUCAGUUCAUAGAGGUGGCUUUGACUCCAACACAUCUUGCAAUAGUUAUGGAGUAUGCAGCGGGUGGAGAGUUGUUUAAUCAAGUUUUUGGAAGAAGAAUGCAAGAAGAUAAAGCUCGACAUUUCUUCCAACAGUUGAUUGCAGGAGUUAGUUAUUGCCACAACAUGGAAAUAUGUCAUCGAGACUUGAAGUUGGAGAAUACCUUAUUGGAUGGAAGCUCUGCAAAUCGUCUUAAAAUCUGUGAUUUUGGCUAUUCUAAGUCAUAUAUACUUCAUUCGCGAACUCAUUCAAAGUUAGGAACUCCAGCAUAUAUUGCACCAGAGAUCCUUUCUGGGAAAGGUUAUGAUGGAAAGUUGGCAGAUGUAUGGUCCUGUGGAGUAAUACUUUAUACAAUACUUGUAGGAACAUUGCCAUUUAUGGACAAAGAGGACCAACAAAAUAUCCAGAAAAUCGUUCAACGAGUUGUGGCUGUUCAAUACGAGUUCCCCAACAAUGUUUUAUCUCAAGAUAGUAAAAAUCUGAUAUCUCGUAUUUUUGUGGCAGAUCCAGAAAAGAGAAUCACCAUGAAGGAAAUCAAGUCACAUCCAUGGUUUUUGAAGAACUUACCUGAGGAAUUGAGAGAAGAGGUUCAAGAUGUCUACUGCAAUGAAGAAAAUACAGAACAUUCUCUUCAAAGUAUAGAAGAGAUCAUGAAAAUUGUAAACGAAGCCAAAACCACACCUGUAGCUUUGGCAGGGGAAUAG